AAAUACAAACCAACCAUCGUGCGUGCGCCUCUCUCUCUCUCUCCUCUCUCGCGCAUGUGAAUCAUGGAGGAACCUCCACUUUCAGUUUCAGGAACACCAACAGCAACAGCAUCGUGCUGGAGCAACGUGGUGAAGAAGCAGCCACCUCAACAAGAGUCCUUGCAGAACGAGCGAGUCUUGGAAGAGACCUUCAAAUCCAUCAAUGGCAUCUCAGUUGCCGUCAUCGACGCCAACGCCGUUAUCGAUGCCGGCGACAAGCUUCACAGCUUCGCCGACAAGUUCGUCUCCGUCCCAGAAGUCAUGGAGGAAAUUCGAGACCCUGUAUCACGCCACAAGCUCUCUUUCCUUCCCUUCACUAUCCAAACCAUGGAGCCUUCCCCUGAAGCCAUCAACAAAGUUAUCAAAUUUGCUAGGGCUACUGGUGACCUACAGACACUUUCAGAUGUUGAUAUCAAACUAAUAGCUCUAACUUAUACUUUGGAGGCUCAAGUUCAUGGAACAAAACAUCUGAGGGACAUCCCACCUCCUGUACAAAUGGUAAAUGUGAAGAGGUUACCCGAGAAGGACAUGCCGGGAUGGGGUUCUAAUGUGCCUAAUUUGCAAGAGUGGGAGGCAUUAGAACAUGAUGCCGAGGACAAGUCAAAUUCCAAUUCAAGAAUCCUUCCUUUGCAGGACUUAAACUUGAACAUUGUUCCUCAAGAUGACCACACCGGAGAUGGUUUGGUGGAGCAUACAAGUGAAACUCCUUCAGAAAUUCAAGAAGGUGGUUCAAGGAAGCCUAAGAAAUAUCUACCUGAGAAAAAGGAGAUAAACAUUGAAGGGACGACAAUGGUGGCUGAUGGAAUUGAUGCAUCACAAGGACAAUUUGAUGACAAUGCUGGUGAUUGGCUGCCUGCUGUCAGUCGAAGUACUCAUAGGAGAUAUCUAAGAAGGAAAGCUAGACGUGAGUACCAUGAAGUAUUAUCCAGUAAUCAAGAUCAGCAAGAUAUGGAAGAAAACAUUGAUGGUAGUGUCAGGGAAGAUGCUAGAACUUCAAAUCAGCUUGUUCAUCAUGGUGAUGAAGAAAAGCAUAUUGAAAAUGUUGUGUCUGAGAAUGAUCAGAUAAUAGAAGAGAACAAAGACAGUGAAAGUGUCUCUGCAAUUCUGAAACAAAUGAGGCUGGAAGAAGGUUCACUAGAAGUUCUUGAUGAAGAACACCGACUAAGUUUGUCUCCUGAAGAACUCCAAACAAACAAUGGUAGACUGCAGGAAACCACAUCUGAUGGCAAUUCAACUAUAGCCACUGAACCAUGCAAGACAGAUACAGUCAAUGAUUUGUCAAAUGACUUAGAAAUUGCAAGCCAGACCACCGAAGCUGCUGAUUUUUCAUAUGCAGAUGAUGAUGGUAGUGAGCAAAGUUGGAUGCUUAGAUCUUUGUCUGAAUCAAGUGUAGCCUGUGUAACCAGCGACUUUGCAAUGCAAAAUGUUCUUCUCCAAAUGGGUUUACGCCUGCUGGCACCUGGAGGAUCACAGAUACACCAGCUGCACAGAUGGAUACUUAAAUGUCAUGCCUGCUAUGCUGUCACUGCUGAGAUUGGUAGGAUUUUCUGUCCAAAAUGUGGAAAUGGUGGCACCUUAAGGAAGGUAGCUGUCACUGUUAAUGAAAAUGGAAUAAUGUUAGCAGCCCGUCGACCUCGAGUUACAUUACGUGGCACAAAGUUUUCAUUACCUCUACCCCAAGGUGGAAGGGAUGCAGUCACAAAGAAUCUCAUUCUCCGUGAAGAUCAACUUCCUCAAAGGGUACUUUAUCCUAAAACAAAGAAGAAAACCAACAAGCAGGAUGAUGACUUCUUUACGCCUGACAAUGUCUUCGGCCACCACACAGAUAAGAAAGCUUUCCAGCCUCCCAUAAGGAAAGCAUUAGCAGCUUUCAGUGGGAGGAGAAAUCCUAAUGACAAUCACUUCUCACGCAAUAAGCAUAAGUAGUGGAUUUGUCCAAAAGUUUUGAUUGGCUUUUCUUCCCCCUCAAUUUUGUUUUUAUUGCUGGACUUUGAAAGUUACCUGAAAAACAUGAUUAAAAGCAUGAUUCAGUGAUUGAUUAUGAACCUGUUAAUUAGUUUCUUAAAGAUGAUCAGUUUCAAUCCCUUCCUGUCUUCCUUAAAGACGCAGAGACCUGCUCAGUUUGAUUUCAAAUAUGGAUUUUGGCAAUUAGGAAUAGUUUGCUCUUCUUGGGGCACCAAAGUAAUUUUUGCUUUUGUUCGCCAACUUGGACAAUGU